CACAUAUUUCGGUCACACUUCGUUGCUUUUUCACUCAAACGCGUGUGCGUCAGCAAAACUUUCUAUUUUAACUAGAACAAUAUACAAUUAAACUAGUUUUUAAUAACAAGUAGUAGCAUGGGCGGACACAACGACAACCAAAACGGAAACUCCAACGGCCACGAUGACGAUUCCAUCACCGAGCCGGAGCAUAUGCGCAAACUGUUUAUUGGUGGCCUGGACUACCGCACUACAGACGAGAAUCUGAAGGCGCACUUUGAGAAAUGGGGCAAUAUCGUGGAUGUGGUGGUUAUGAAGGAUCCGCGCACAAAGCGUUCUCGCGGUUUCGGCUUCAUCACCUACUCUCACUCGAGCAUGAUUGAUGAGGCUCAGAAGUCGCGUCCGCACAAAAUUGAUGGCCGCGUGGUGGAGCCCAAGAGGGCUGUGCCCCGCCAAGAGAUUGACUCGCCCAAUGCCGGAGCCACCGUAAAGAAACUGUUUGUGGGAGCCCUUAAGGACGACCAUGACGAGCAGAGCAUACGCGACUAUUUCCAGCACUUUGGAAACAUUGUGGACAUCAACAUCGUGAUGGACAAGGAGACAGGCAAGAAGCGCGGGUUCGCCUUCGUGGAGUUCGAUGACUACGAUCCCGUGGACAAAGUUGUGUUGCAAAAGCAACAUCAGCUUAAUGGCAAAAUGGUUGACGUGAAGAAGGCCUUGCCCAAGCAGAAUGACAUGCAGGGAGGCGGCGGCGGUGGUGGACGCGGUCAGGGUGGCCGUCCCGGUGGCAAUCGUGGCAAUAUGGGCGGUGGUGGCGGUCAGUAUGGCAACCAGAAUGGAGGUGGCAACUGGAAUGGCGGUGGCAAUUGGGGAAAUAACCGUGGGGGCAACGACAACUGGGGCAACAACAGCUUUGGCGGUGGCGGCGGCGGCUAUGGCGGUGGUAACAACAGCUGGGGCAACAACAUGGGUCCCUGGGAUAAUGGCAAUGGCGGUGGCAACUUCGGCGGUGGCUCCAACUGGAACGGCGGUGGCAAUGACUUUGGUGGCUACCAGCAGAGCUACGGCGGCGGACCGCAGCGUGGCGGUGGAAACUUUAACAACAACCGCAUGCAGCCAUACCAGGGAGGAGGCGGUAACUACAACAAAGCAGGUGAUAAUGUAAAAGUCGCUCAGUAUAAGCCCAAAUAUCAAAGUCAAGUAAACGAUACGCAAUUCAAUGAUCAAUAACGAGUAUGAACGCACGUUCAUAGACAUAAGAAGUUUUCCGAGCACCACAAAACCAUACCAAACAUGACAGAGAAGAGGGAGUGAAUCAGGAUCAGUGCAGUGCAGUCGUGGUUCAGACUUGGAGUAGAACAGAGAACAGAGAGGGAGAUCAGUACCAAAACCAAGCCAGACCAGACCAUACCAGUGCAGUCCAGUACAGUACAGAGCAGUGUGUGUGUGUGAGAUAAGCAGACUACUAACAGAUCGUUCAGAGACAGAGAGAGAUCUCAGAUCGCACACAGCUAGCAGCGAGCAGCAAGCAAGCAGUACACGUACACAGCAACAGCAGCUGGCCAGGAUUCCAUUCGAUUUGUGUUUGCACAUGGUGAUUGAUUGUUAAGGCGCAUCGAAACUCUAUAUCCAGUAUCCAUAGAAUUGUUAAUUUAAUUUCACAUGAUUGUAGCAACCGAGCAACUUAAGUAACAUUGUAAUUUGCGAUAAAGCCCAAAAGCUAAACAUUUGUAUUUCCACACCAACCACCCCAAGCCAUAAAUGAAUCAGUUGUAUGUAUAAUUUCAAAGCGGCAGCCGAGAGACAAGUUUAAUUUGAUUGUAGAAAGCAGCUCCAGUCCGGAGGCCGCUGGUAAUUUUCUGAUAAUCAAUGCGCAGAACCACACAAUUUAUAUAAAAAAAGAAACAUGUAUUACUUAUUACGACUUUCAACUAGAAUAAGUUCUCAUAAUUUUAAAUCGAGUAGAGCGUUGCGGCCAUUUUCAGCUGCCGCACGCUGCCCUAGACUUAAUAUUUACAAUUCAAGUUCCAAGCGAACCUUGACCGUGUGUGUGGAGUUACUUACUUCCGACACGGAACUAACUUCUUAUACCCGCUGUCUUAGAUUUAACGAAACACCACUUAAUGUAAUCUUUACCUUUUAGCAAUCAGUCUGUACACGCAGUUGUCUGAGGUCAGUCAGCGUAAUUAUAUAUAUUUAACAAAAUUUACAUUUUAAUGUAGCGAAAAAUACAAGAUUCAAAACAUA